ACAAUAAGCAAAGAGAAGGGGAGAGAGAGAGAAAGGAAGUUGGUUUUCUUGGCAGCUACUCCAUGAGGCUGUGAUAGAAGAAUAUACACACUUCCUUGGGUGUAAAUCCCUCCCUCUCUCUCUUCUCUUUCUGUCCUUCUUCAUAUUCAAGCAAUCAACCCAUCUCUUUUGCCUUUUUCUCUUUUCCUUUAUUAAAUGGGAUUUUCUCCUCACAUUGCUUUGAAUUUUCAAAGACAUAUUUCUGUCGGAUAUAAGGCCUCAUCUGGCGCCUUUCUCUAUUGCCAAAACCCCAUUUCGUCCUUCUCUUUCUCCUUGUUCUUCUUCUUAUGAUUCUGCUUUAGCAAGCGAUUAUUGUGGGUGUUUCUGAUAUUGAGAGAAGGAGAAGCGAUGACGGAGGUGGAGAAUUACAGGGAGAAGAAGAAAUAUGGGUGUGGGGUUAUGGUCUUAUACAAUGGCUUCCGACGUCGGACUUUCUGGUCUAGAAGAACAGCUUCUUCUAGCUCAAUCUCCACCACCAAUGGCAAUAACAUUUUAAAGCUCCCUCCGUCGAAUUCCAAGCGCAGGCGGGGUGGUUCCAUUGAUGCUGCAUUCAAUGAUCCCGCCCAAAUAUCCGAGCAGCCUCCUUCCCUUCCGACGGAGAAACCAGUUGUGAAAACUCAGCCGAAUUCGAAGAACGUUCCGCCCCAAUACCAGAGCAUAGUUAGAAAGACGCCCGAUGCGGUCAGCUCUCAAUCUUCGUCGUCCGGCUCUGGAGGGUCGGCGAAGGUGGGGAUGGUGGGCCCGGCGAGGCGGGGGCAGAAGGACAUGACGAUAUCCGGCGAACUCGAGAGCAUGAUUCCCGAUAACCGGGCUAAUGUAGACGGCGUGUUGGUCCGGGCCUCAUCGAGCAAUAUGAUGGUUUUCGGGCAUUUGGGUAAUUUACGGCAGCCCGGGAAUGGGAAUUUGAAUGGAGGAGGGUACCUGAAUUCCAACAAUGUUCUUGAUUAUCUGCCGAAGACAGCAAGCGAGAUGACUAUGGUGACGUCGGCGACAGCGAUGACAGGGAAUGUGAAAGGCGGGAAUCGAAAUUUUGUAAUGGGGAAUGUCAUAAGGAAAUCUAAUGAUAGAGAGAUUGCAAAGGAAUCGACGACAGUCUUAUGUCGGGCUCUGUCGACGAGAUUGAGCCCUGAGGAGUUGAAGGCGAUGGGGAACGAGGAGUACAAGAAGGGGAAAUACGCUGAGGCGUUGGAAUUUUAUGAUCGAGCGAUCGCAAUCGAUCCUGAUCAAGCAUCGUAUAGAAGCAACAAGAGUGCUGCACUUAUUGGAUUGGGUCGGCUUCUGGAGGCCGUUGAUGAGUGCCGAGAAGCGAUUCGGAUCGAGCCUUCUUAUUCCAGAGCUCAUUAUCGGUUGGCUACUCUUUAUCUCAGAUUGGGAGAAGGGGAGAAGGCGCGAAAUCAUUACAGACUGGCAGGAAGCGAAGCCAGUGGAGGAGAGAUGGCACAAGCGCGGGCUCUUCAAACACAUCUCUGCAAAUGCCAAGAAGCACGAAAGCUAAGGGACUGGCACACCGUGCUAAAAGAAGCCGAGUGCGCCAUUUCAGCCGGUGCCAAUUCGGCCCCACAGGUGCUCUCCAUGCAAGCCGAGGCUCUGUUGAAGCUGCACAGACACCAGGAGGCGGACAUAACCUUAUCGUGCGCAACUGUCUUUGACGCGGAUUCUUCUACCAGGUUCUUUGGCCCAGCUGUAAAUGCGUAUCACUUCCUUGUCCGCGCGCAGGUUGACAUGGCUGCUGGCAGGUUCGAGGACUCAGUGGCAGCGGCUCAGCGUGCGGCUCGGCUCGACUCAAGCAACAAAGAGGUGGGCGUGGUGAUUAGAAGGGCCCGAGCCGUGUCGGUGGCUAGGUCGAACGGGAACGAGCUGUUCAAGGCCUCCAGGUUCACCGAGGCAUGUGCCGCGUAUGGGGAAGGUCUCGAGUACGACCCCCUCAAUUCCGUCCUGCUCUGUAACCGAGCGGCUUGCCGCUCCAAGCUGGGUCAAUGGGAGAAAGCCAUCGAGGAUUGCACCUCUGCUCUCACCGUCCGCCCAUCCUACAGUAAGGCUCGACUCAGGCGAGCCGAUUGCAAUGCCAAGUUAGAACGGUGGGAGGCGUCGAUACAAGACUACGAGGCGUUGAUAAGGGAGACGCCCGGGGAUGAAGAGGUGGGCCGAGCAUUGUUCGAGGCCAAGGUCCAGCUCAAGAAGCGGCGAGGCGAAGAUGUAAAGGACAUGAAGUUCGGGGCUGACGUGGUCGUUGUCACGAGCAAUGAUAGAUUCAGAUACAUCGUAACAUCUCCUGGGAUGUCGGUGGUGCUAUUUUGCAAUAAAUCCAGUGAUGUUACAAAGCAGAUAUUGUCUUUCACACAGCAACUAUGUAAGAGAUACCCAUCCGUCAAUUUCCUCAAGGUGGACAUUGAAGACAAUCCUUACGUGGCAAAAUCAGAAGGGGUGGUAUCGGUGCCUGGCUUCAAGAUAUACAAGAACGGUUCAAAAGUCAGAGAUAUUGAUGGCACCAAUCAGGACUUGCUAGAGAGCUCUGUGAAAUUUUUCAGCACUUAGAGAGGAAAAAAAAAGAGGCUAUUUUCUCACCUAACACACGUUGGAUAUGGAGACAUGGUCAGAUACAAUUUAAAAGUUUCAAAAAAAAAAAAUUGAAAAAACAA